AGUGAAGAUGGCGGACGUAUUGAGUGUUCUUCGGCAGUACAACAUUCAGAAAAAGGAAAUUGUCGCCAAGGGGGAUGAAGUUAUAUUUGGAGAGUUCUCCUGGCCAAAAAAUGUCAAGACCAACUACAUAAUUUGGGGAACUGGAAAGGAGGGGCAGCCCAAGGAGUACUAUACUUUAGACUCAAUUUUGUUCUUGCUCAACAAUGUGCAUCUCCCCCAUCCAUCCUAUGUGCGAAGGGCUGCAACAGAGAACAUUCCAGUUGUCAGAAGACCUGAUCGAAAGGGAUUGCUGUCAUACCUAAAUGGAGAGAGUUCUACUUCAACUAGUAUUGACAGAAGUGCUCCCAUAGAAAUUGGUUUGCAAAGGCCAACACAAGUCAAAAGAGCAGCCGAUGAGGUAUCAUCUGAGGCCAAAAAACCAAGGAUUGAGGAUGAGGAACGAGUUCGUCUUGACAAAGAGCGUCUGGCUGCUCGUCUGGAAGGUCACAAAGAGGGUAUUGUGCAGACCGACCAAAUCAGAUCAUUGUCUGAGGCCAUGUCAGUGGAGAAGAUUGCUGCUAUCAAGGCCAAGAUCAUGGCCAAGAAGCGUUCUACUAUUAAAACUGACCUGGAUGAUGACAUCACUCUGAAGCAGAGGAGCUUUGUGGAUGCGGAAGUGGAUGUCACCAGGGACAUUGUCAGCAGGGAGAGGGUCUGGAGGACCAGGACAACCAUUCUCCAGAGCACCGGAAAGAACUUCUCCAAAAACAUCUUUGCCAUCCUUCAGUCUGUAAAGGCCAGAGAGGAGGGACACGCACCAGAGCAGAGACCAACACAGACUGCCACUCAAGUGGACCCGUCCAUAAGGAAACAGCCCAUCCCAGCUGCCUACAACAGAUAUGAUCAGGAGAGAUUCAAAGGGAAAGAAGAAACGGAGGGCUUCAAGAUCGACACCAUGGGCACCUACCAUGGCAUGACCCUGAAGUCCGUGACGGAAGGAGCAUCUGCCAGGAAGGCCCAGACUCCAGCGUUGCAGCCUGUCCCUCGCCCAGUUUCACAAGCCAGACCACCACCAAAUCAGAAGAAAGGAUCCCGAACCCCAAUCAUCAUCAUCCCAGCCGGCACCACUUCUCUCAUCACCAUGCUCAAUGCUAAGGACCUUCUGCAGGACCUCAAAUUUGUCACAUCAGAGGAGAAGAAGAAGCAGGGCAUCCAGAGGGACAAUGAGGUGCUGCUGCAAAGGCGCAAAGACCAGAUCCAGCCUGGCGGGACGACACUCAGUGUCACCGUGCCCUACCGAGUAAUUGACCAGCCUCUCAAACUGGCCCCGCAAGACUGGGAUCGUGUGGUCGCGGUCUUUGUCCAGGGUCCUGCCUGGCAGUUCAAGGGCUGGCCUUGGCUGCUCCCUGAUGGAUCCCCAGUUGAUAUUUUUGCCAAAAUUCGAGCCUUUCACUUGAAGUAUGAUGAGGCGAAGACAGACCCCAACGUGCAGAAGUGGGAUGUGACCGUCCUGGAGUUGAGUCACCACAGACGCCAUCUGGACCGACCUGUGUUUCUGCGUUUUUGGGAGACCCUUGACAGAUACAUGGUCAAGCACAAAUCCCACCUCAGGUUCUGAGUCCAUUUUGUGGCAUCCAGUCACCACUGGUGAAGUCUUCUACUUUCCUAUUGAGCCCACCUACGCCUCCUUCCCCCUGCUCACCCAGACACAUGGAUGUGAUGGCCAGUGGACCCUCCACCUGCCCCUUCCACCACCACCACCAUCCCCCUUUCUGAGGACUCUUGAUGCUAAUGGAUAUGAUACUUUGGACUCUGUGUGAUGAGAUGGUCUCUUUUAGUUAACAAUAUACCAAAACUAUAUUUUAUAUCAACAGUGAUUCUCACUGGAGGGGGGAGAGGGGUCAGCUAGACAUAUUAAGCAACAGAAUGGGCAGGAAAGUGUAAAAAAGGGGAUGGGGAAAUGAAAGACCCAUGUGUUGGGGAGGGGGCAAUUUGUCCCCCCCCCCUCUAUUUCCAUUAUAGAAUGGAUUCCUCCUGAAUUAAAUGUGGAACUGGCUAGUCAAAGAAAAUCUUAGUGAUUGUUGGUACAACUAAAACUGUGGCUUGGCAUGAGGAGUUUGACUUUCUUGUCACUGUUUUUGUCUGCUCUCUUUAUGCAAAAGACAUCUGGUGUUUUCUAUUUGUUUUGGAUUUAGUUCACAGUAUGGUCUAAUGUAAAGCAUCUAAAUCAUAGGGGUUAUCUGUGGUCAGAGUGUAAAUAUGAUAAAAUGUCUCAGAGCUAAAGGACUUUGAGCAGUGGUUUUUGAGAAAGGGGUUGGAUUGUGGGUUUGGCAGCAGGGCAGGUGGCAGAUGAGUUCUAAAACUAAAACCUUUAGAAUAUUAUUUUACUGGUUCUGUUUUACAAAAUAUUCCGCUAAUCCACACCUCAUUUAUUUACAAGCUCAAAUUGGCCUCAAAAUGUGUUCAACAGAUCCUCACUGGGUAAUGCGAUGAUCAUACAGUGCCUUGCAAAGUAUUCAACCCCCUUGACAGUCAUCACUAAAUUCUGGAUUAUAAAAGAUACUCACACAUCUGUUCCUGAACAAUAUUAUUUUUGUGAACUCAUAAGCUCUAACAGCAUGUUCCCAAAGCCAAAACUUAUGUUUCGCUGACUUUUGUAAAUAGAUUAAAAACUAAAAUAUAGUGCUUGCAUAAGUAUUCAACCCCAACAUAUCAGUACUUUGUAGAGUAUCCUUUUGCUGCAAUAACAGCCAUGAUUCUCUUGGGGUAAGUAUGUAUAAGCUUUGCACAUUCUUCUGGAGUAAUUUUUGCCCAUUCUUCUUGGCAGAAUUUGUACAGGUCUUGCAGGUUGGUGGGAUGGUGCCCCUGGACUGCGAUUAUCAGUCUGUGCCACAGAUUUUCAAUGGGGUUGAGGUCCGGACUUUGACUUGGCCACUCCAAAACAUUUUGUUCACCUUUUUGUUGCCGAGCCAUGCCAUUGUUGCUUUAGCCUUGUGCUUAGGGUCAGUGUCCUGCUGGAAGGUGAACCUUUUCCCAAGCUUCAGUUUUAUGACAGACUGUAAUAGGUUGUCUUCCAAUAUUUCCCUGUUUUUAGCUCCAUCCAUUCUUCCCUCAGAUUGAACAAGGUUCCCAGAGCCUGCAGAUGAAAAGCAACCCCAUAGCAUUCUGCUGCCGCCGCCAUGCUUCACUGUAGGGAGGAUGUUUUUUAGGGCAUGAGCAGUGUUAGUUUUGCACUGCACUUUUAGCCAAGCGCAACUUUAGUCUCAUCUGACCACAAAACCUUUACCCACAUCCUAACUGGGUCUCUCAUGCCUAGUAGCAAACUCCAAGUCUGCUUUUAUAUGCAUAGUUUUGAGCAACGGCUUCUUUCUUGCCACCCUCCCAUACAGGCCAGAUUUAUGGAGAGCCCGUGAUAUGGUUGACUCAUGCACAUUUACUCCAGUUUCAGCCACUGACCUCAGGAGCUCCUUCAAAGUGAUUGCAGGAUCAUCUGUGGCUUUCCUCACCAGCCCACGUCUUGCUCAGACACUUAGCUUUGAGGGAGAGCUUGUCCUACAAAACACUUGGGUGGUGUGAUACAGCUUCCACUUUCUGACAGUGGCUCCAACAGUGUUCUGUGGGACACCCAGACACUUGGAUAUUGUUUUGUAUCCCUUUCCCACAUUCUGCAUUUUAAUCACUUUGUCUCUUACUUAAGUAUUAUGCUCUUUUGUCUUCAUUUUCUGAUGGAGUUCAAACCCGGCUAAUGAACUUUACAAAGAGUGCUUUUUAUACCCAUAAAUGAGACCUCCUCUGUUGCUCUCCCUGAGGUUUCUUCCUAUUUUUUGUCCAUGUUAAAGGGUUUUUUUUGGGAGUUGUUCCUUAUCCAAUGCGAGGGUCUAAGGACAGGACGUUGUGUUGCUGUAAAGCCCCUUUAGGCAAAUUUGUAAUUUGUGAUAUUGGGCUAUACAAAUAAAAUUGACUUGACUUGACCGUUACUUUAAUAACAGGUGCACACUAAGUCCAGUUGUGUUAACCUGAGUUUGUUUUAGGAAUAAUUUGUCAUUUGUGUAAACUUGAAGCUUUCAGAGCACAAGGGGUUGAAUACUUAAGUGGGGAAGUGGGACUACUUAAGCACUAUAUUUUAGUUUUUAAUUUAUUAAUAAAAAGUCAGCAAAACAAAGCUUAUUUUGGGUUUGAGAACAUUUGAGCGGCACAGUGGGUAGCGCUGUCGCAUCAUAGCAAGAAGGUCCUGGGUUCAAACCCUAGGGUUGUCCAACCUUGGAGGUAGUCUGCUUCCAAUGUGGGAAGAUGGCUGCACGAAUUCAUGUUGGCAGCGGCCUCACCGAGUAACCAUCCAUGUAGUGUCUUUGUCUGCGUCUUUAGUUUUGUCUUCGUUUGAUGGCUGGGAGAGCGGGGCAGGCUAAGCUAACUGCUAGCCCAUGCAGACUGGCAGUUCCGAUAACACCGAGGGCAGUCUGGCGGCAGCUCCACCUGGCGUUGACUGUGGUAGUUUUAAUGUUGUCGUGAGGACUGUGGGGAGGUUUGUCGAGGGUGUCUGGUUGGGAGAGCUGGCGCUGGAUCGGCUGGGAGAGCUUGGUCUGCUUUGUUCGGUGGGCCUGGGGACCAUGGGCCCUGCCUGGAGCUGUUCCCGAGGAGGAAACACCAAGGGCAGUCUGACAGGAUGCAGAAGUGGGGCAGGCUAAGCUAACCGCUAGCCCAUGCAGACCGGCGGUUCCAACAGUCAUCCUGGCUGGCGUUUGUUCCCUUGGAUAAUUAUUUUUUGUUUAGUUUGGAUAUGUGUGUUCUUGUAGUUUUUGGACGUGUUUUUGUCUUUGUGUUGUACUGCUGUGGGCAGGGGGAAAUUGCAUUUUGUUUCAUUUAAUGUACGCAAGUGCAUGACAUGAAAUGACAAAGUGUUCCCGAUUCCUGAUCCCAGGUCGUCCUAUGUGUGGAGUUUGCAUGGUCUACCUGUGUCUCCAGUGGGUUUUCUGCGGGUGCUCCGGUUUCUCCCACCAUCAAAAAAAGACAUGCAUGUUAAGGUUAAUACUCCUGUCUGUGCCCCUGACUGAGGCAUGGCAAGACAAACUGGAGCUGGUCCCCACGUGCUGCAUGGCGCUGCCCUCUGCUCCUAGCUACACAGCUAGGAUGGGUUAAAUGCAGAGCGUCAUUUCCCUACGAGGAUCAAUAAAGUAUCUCAAAAUCAAAAUACUGUUAGAGCUUUUGGGUUCACAAAGAUAGCAUUGUUCAGGAACAAAUGUGAGUAUCUUUUCUAAUCCAGAAAUUAGUGAUGACUGCCAAGGGGGUCGAAUACUUCUGCAAGGCACUGUAUGUAGGUCUUCUGUUGCUUGACGGGGUUAUGAAAGAAGGACCCAAAUUCUGGCAAGUACUGCUUUGUCCUCACACGAAAACGGGCAAUAAAGCCUUGUAGAAAAACCCAGACCAGGGCUCUGUCUUUUUAUGCUGUGGAAGCACAUCCAUAGACUCGUAAAACCUGUAAUUUAUGUUCAUAUAAUAUCGCCAGACCAUCUUCAGGUCGUGUGUGUGUUGCCCAUAAUACA